UCCAAGCCCCUCUCCUUCCAAAGGUGACCCAGGGACAGAUCUGAAACCAGAGGCACCUCGUAGAAGGACACAAUCCUGUCUCCUUCCUGAGAAAUCCUAAGGCAGAGAUCCCUGAAGAGCAGGGGAUUCAGGCUGCAGGUACCACCACAAGCCCAGCUCUGAGAGCAGAGAGGAGAGCAGAGGCAGAUGCUGUUGGGUGGGAAAGAAACACCACUGGGGUGCAGAGACAGCUCCUCUCUGUUCCAGUGGUGUCAGCACAUAGAAGCAUGGAUGUGCCUUUCUGUGAGCACCUGCUUUUAUCCACAAGUCCAUCCUCAAACUGCUGGGCAAACAAGUCCAAGCAGAUCCAACAGACCUCAGCUUCUGCUCUGCAUUCUCCAGAAGUGCCUUUUGCAGAGGAUCUUCCUGACAAAAAUCGUGUUCUCUUACUAGUUAAACAUUGGGAAUAACUCCCCAUCCUAGACAAACUGUGGUGAAGAUGGAAAUCAACUCAGAUGUUGACUCUGGAGGGAUCCCUGGGGGUACCAGCAGAUGCAUUAAUGGUGCAUUUCUCCAGUGAGCUGGGAUGGGAAGAGCACAGAGCAAAAAAAAAAAGAAGCAGUUCUGCUUUUGUUAACCCAAGCAGAGAGGAGAUGAAGAAACAAUAUCUGGAAGGAUCCAGCCUGGCAGCAAUAUUGCCAUCUGACUCAAAAGAACUCGGAGAUCCACAUAAUCCUCAGGAAAAUUCAUCUCCAGCCUCCCAACAGACCCUGCUGCUUCCAGAAGUCCCCAGAACAGGCUUGGUCUGAGGAUGGGAAGGAUGAUGUCCCUGUCUGAUCCCAGAGGCUGAGAUCUCAAAAACUGGUUUGAAACCAUCAAUUAAGCUUCCUGUUGUCUAUUUCCAAGAUCUGUGGGGGAGGAAACUGAGGCACAGGGAAAGCUGAAGAACCAGAGAGCUGAAGGAACAGAUUGAAACUGCCUCGUGUUCAGCUUCUGUCCCCAAAGAGCCUGGCAUGGAGGGAGAGGAAAAGGAAAUCUGCCGCCAUGUGGAUCCAGGUGCGCACCAUGGACGGGAAGGAGACUCACCGCGUGGAUUCGCUCUCCAAGCUCACCAAGGUGGAAGGGCUCAGGCUACGGAUACACGAGGUUUUCGGGGUCGAACCACACCGGCAACGGUUGUUUUACCGCGGCAAACAGAUGGAGGAUGGUCACUCCCUGUUUGAUUACAGUGUGGGACUGAACGAUAUUGUGCAGCUCUUGGUCAGACAAAGCCCAGCAGUGCUUCCUGCUGUCAGCAAGGAAAAGGAUUCCGAGCUCUCUGACACAGACUCUGGCUGUGGCUCAGGCCAAAGUGAAUCUGACAAAAGCUCCCACAAUGGGGAAGGUGCCAUGGACCUGGAGGGACAGCCCAGCACAGCAGCACAGCCCGACUGGACUGACCCAGGAAUUGGCCUCUAUAAGAUCAAUGACUUGGUUGAUGCUCGAGAUAUGAAUAUGGGAGCGUGGUUUGAGGCCCAGGUUGUAAAUGUAUCCAGAAGAAAACCUACAAAAGACUCAGCUGGCAGCUGCACAGGUUCUGAUCAGCCACCAACCAUUCCUGAAGAAGAUGUAAUAUAUCAUGUGAAAUAUGAAGAUUAUCCAGAGAAUGGAGUUGUACAACUGAAUUCCAAGGACGUGCGGGCUCGUGCACGGACUAUUUUGAAGUGGCACCAGCUGGAGGUAGGACAGGUGGUGAUGGUCAACUAUAAUCCUGAUGAACCCAAAGAGAGAGGUUUUUGGUACGAUGCGGAGAUUCUGCAAAAAAGGGAAACGAAAAUGGUCAAGGAGCUAAAUGCAAAGAUUUUACUUGGGGAUGCUGGUGAUUCCUUGAAUGACUGCAGAAUCAUAUUAGUGGAUGAAAUUUAUAAAAUUGAAGAACCAGGCAGUACUUGUCCACUUACUGCCCGUCCAUUAAAACGACAAAGUGGACCUGUGUGUAAAGCUUGUAAGGACAACCCCAACAAGACCUGCAGAAUUUGUGCUUGCCAUAUCUGUGGAGGUAAACAAGAUCCAGAUAAACAGCUAAUGUGUGAUGAGUGUGAUAUGGCUUUCCACAUCUACUGCCUCAACCCUCCCCUUAGUUGUAUACCAGAUGAUGAGGAUUGGUAUUGCCCCGAGUGUCGGAAUGAUGCAAGUGAGGUGGUUUUAGCAGGAGAGAAAUUAAAAGCAAGUAAAAAGAAACAAAAGAUGGCAUCUGCUAAUUCAUCCUCACGGAGAGACUGGGGCAAGGGCAUGGCAUGUGUUGGUCGAACAAAGGAAUGUACCAUUGUCCCCUCCAACCACUAUGGCCCAAUUCCUGGCAUUCCAGUUGGCACCAUGUGGAAGUUCAGAGUUCAGGUGAGUGAAUCAGGUGUUCACAGGCCCCAUGUGGCAGGUAUCCAUGGCAGAAGUAAUGAUGGUGCCUACUCCUUGGUUCUGGCAGGAGGCUAUGAAGAUGACAUAGAUCAUGGGAAUUCCUUCACAUACACAGGGAGUGGAGGGCGGGAUCUCUCUGGAAACAAGCGCACGGCCGAGCAGUCCUGUGAUCAAAAACUGACCAACAUGAACAGAGCUCUGGCUCUGAACUGCAGUGCCCCCAUCAACGACAAACAUGGAGCUGAAGCCAAGGACUGGAGAGCUGGGAAACCCGUCCGAGUGGUGAGGAACGUGAAAGGAGGCAAACACAGCAAAUAUGCUCCUGUAGAAGGGAACAGAUAUGAUGGAAUAUAUAAGGUUGUGAAAUACUGGCCUGAGACGGGGAAGUCUGGAUUUCUAGUGUGGCGUUACUUGCUGAGGAGGGAUGAUGAAGAACCUGCUCCUUGGACCAAGGAAGGAAAGGACAGGAUGAAAAAGCUUGGCCUAACAAUGCAGUAUCCUGAGGGAUAUUUGGAAGCUGUUGCAAGCAAAGAUAAGGAAAAAGAAAAUGAUGAAGAUGAUGAGGAGUUUGAUACCCCGGGGAAAGGAAAGAGGAAAAGGAAAUUAGCAGGUGGGGAGGAAAAACUCAUUACCUCUUCCACGGGGACUCCAAAGAAAACUAAAGUUGAGCCAUACAAGCUGACAUCUCAGCAAAAAUCUCUUAUCAAAAGUGAUGAAGCCAAUGAAAAAUUGUGGAAUGAAGUACUGGAAGCCCUCAAGGAUGGACCAAAAUUUCUAAACAAAGUGGAAGAGGCCUUCUUGUGUAUUUGCUGCCAGGAGGUCGUGUUUCGGCCAGUCACAACUGUGUGCCAGCACAACGUGUGCAAGGAUUGUUUGGACAGGUCCUUCAAAGCUGAGGUUUACAGCUGCCCAGCCUGUCGCUACAACCUGGGCAAAAAUGACCCCCUGCAGGUGAACGAGACCCUGCAGAGCCUCCUGAGCCAGCUCUUCCCUGGGUACGGCAACGGGCGGUGACUCUGGAAAGCACUUGGAAUUUUCUCCUGUUCAGACUUAUUCAUGGGUUUUCAAUGGGCUUAAUUUAAAAAAAAAAAACAAAACAACAAACCAACAACAAACCAACACAACCAAGUAGUCUGUGUUCUCCCAGUCCCCUAAAAAAAGUUUUCAAGUCUUCCUUGUUUUUAAAAAAAACGAGAAAACUUCCAGGAAUUCCCUUUUUCUGUCCUUGUGGCUUUUGUUUUUCUGCUAAAUACUGAACUCUGCAGAUUCUUAUUUUUCUUUUUUCCUCUCCCAACUCAUCAGCACAGAAUUCUCCUUGUUUUUAAGGGACUUAAAGUGCUUCUAGUGAGGCUGCUAAUGAUUGUGGUUCUCAUGGUUCCCCCUUCCCUUUACCUCCCUUUUUUCUUUUUUUUUUAAUUAUUGGUUUUUAAAUUAAAAAAAAAAAAAGGCCUGGUUGCUAGAACAAUCUUCAGUGUUUGGGGAUUUGGCCAUCAAGGUAGAUUUUUGUACAUCACCUUGGCAGCAUUUUCAUGCUCAAUUUGUACAAGGUAAUUCCUAGCUUUUUUUUUUAUCCACAAGUGGGUGGCUAGGAUUUAUUUUUGAAAAAAAAGCAAAAAAACCCACAAAAAACAAACACACAACAAAAAACCCCCACACCUGUUUUUUAUACAUUUGAUAAACCUAUCAAAAGCCAUUUAGUGCUCAUUUUAUAUAUCAAAAUAAAUAAAAAAUCAAGCUGCUUGCCUGUAGCCAAGGGAUAUGAAGUACUACCUCAGUUGGACUUCUUAUUAGGGAACUAUUUGUUCAGCCAGGUGCUGUUUUCUAUCCAGAAAUGCCAUUGUGGAAUAUUCUAAAGCCAUUCUUUUUAAGUGCCUUUUGUCCUUUUUUUUUUUUUUUUUAAUUUUCCUGAAAGACUGGGCUCUGAACCACCAGAUCUAGAUAUAUAUAUAUUUUUUUUCUCUUUUCAUAAGCACUGAAUUGUUUAAACUUGCCAACCAGAUCCAUAAUUUUGGGGCUAAAAUCUUUAACACUGUGGCUGGAUGUGAUUAGCAUGGAUUUGGAUCAGGUUUCCUCUUAAUUGGUAGGUGUAUUAUGGUAACAUGCCUCUUUUAUUAAUUAGUUUUGCUGCAUUUCUACUUGGAAAUGGGAAAAGAACCAAUUAUGACUUUGUUAUUGAGACUUUGUUAAUUGUACAGGACCCCAAAAAGGUGGGUUUUGUGAAUGGGUUGAAUUUUUCUAACACGACCAAAGUUUGCAGUUUAAUACCUCAGCAGGACAGGGAUGGGUUUUAAUCACACUUCACUGCAGACAGACUGGAACAAAUGUGCCUAUUUGUGGUUUUCUUAACUCUUACCCUUUUUAAAAUUAUAAUGUUAAUAUGUUAGAGAGAAGAAGAAACGUUUUAUAGGGGUUUUUUUGCUGAAUUUGUCCAUUUUUUUUGUACAAUGUGCAAGUUGAAGUUCUCAAAAUAAAUAUCUUUUCAGAUGAAA